GCACCAAAAUUUGGACUAGGGUACUAAAUUAGCACCUAAAAAGUACUAAAUUUUUGACCUAGUGCGAACUCGAUUUUCGCUGGUGGGGUGUCCAGCUUAAUAGAGGUUAUUAUUAGCUACUAUAAAUUAUGGCUUUUAUCUCCGUUAUUAAGUGACGAAUUCUAACUAUUGCUUAUGGAAUCAUUUGUUUAGUAGCCCGCCAUUAUAUAGUUAUCCUGCCAUUAUAUAAUGCCGUUAAUAUGCCAAUAUACAACAACCGACAAUUAUUAUAUAGCAUUUUUCAGCAUUACGAAAUUUUUUUAAGGUACGUUAACAUUUGUAACAUUUAAUUACACAUACUUUUUUAUUGUUUUUAAACUUGAGCGUAUUAUUAUACGAUUGUUUGUAUACUCGUGUUUGUGUUUUUUUGUCUGCUAUUUAUUUUUUUAUUUGGCUAUAUGUAUUGGCUAUAUAUACAUUUUGAGUUAUGCAAAAAUAAUCAAACCAUAGCAUUUUAUUAAUAUGGUUGUUUAAGUGAGAUUUUUAUGUUAAAAAAUUUCUGAAUCAAUUAAGGAGUUAUGUUUAGAAAUAUUAGAGAUAUUAUUUUAUCUUUGUUGUUUAAUGUUAAACAAGGAUAAAAUGAUAUCUCUAAAGUUUCUCAACGAAGGAGAAUUUUAAAUAAGGAAAAUUCUAAAUGAUGGAAAGUUAAAAAGAUAUAAUUUUGUACUAAAAUACUGUAUGUUUUUUAAACAAAAUCAAUUUUUUAAAUUUAUUUUUGAUAUAGUUAUAUUAUCACUGUUUUCACUUCCACCCACUAUGCAGUGUUAUUACAUUUUUAUAAAUCACGUCCUAAGUAAUAAUAUUUCAUAACUAUAGGUCUAAAAUUUAUUAAACAACACUUUGAAUAUUAUCACGAAUGUUGUUUUUAAUGCAAAGUAUUGAUUAUUAACAAAGUUAAUGAAUAAAGUGUAAAUGCUAUAUUAUCUUUCUCCACUUCAGUGAUGUAUAGUUAUGAAAAAAAGGAAACAUACUCCUUAAAAUUAAUGAUUUUAAAGUGAUUUACAAUUAUUUCAAUUUAAUAAUAUAUAUUCUUUUAAUAACAUAUUUAAUUUAAUAACAUAUAUUAAAUGUAUUAAAUAAUUAAAUAUAUACGUAAUAUAUUUCUUAAUUAAAUUUUAUUAAAAUUAAUUUGUAGAAUAAGAAUGUUUGAUAUAUUCUACGAAACAAAAGCACGUGUUUUAUUUUGUAAGACGUUUAUCACAGUUCUAUUAUUGUGAAUACAUUUUCCCUGAUGAACACAAAACGAAUAAACCAUGUCUGAUGGCUUCUAUACAAAUUUAUUACUAACUACAGCAUAAGACCACAAGAGUAUAAAUUGCAACCGUAGCGUGGGAACACAACGGGUGUACAUAAACAUGCUUUUUUGUUAACAUGAUAUCUACCUGUUAUAAAAUUUUUUAUUGGUAAAUUUUUUACAUUUGACGUUUGAUGCAGAAACAUAAAACUUGUAGAAAACAUAAAACGAGGGUCACGCGAUGUAUAUAGAAUAUUUAAAACACUUCAGUGCAAAUUCAUCUUCUCGAGAAUAAUUCGCAAUUGGAUUACAUAUGCAUGAGCAAUAUCUCUUUCUAAAUGGAAGGUACCACUUCAUGAAAAAGAACAACUGUCAGUCUGUAGAUAACAUUUGACAUGGAUAAUUUGAAAUAUGUCGGAUAUCAAGGUGUUCGUCGUUGAAGUUGUAACCGCAAAAUGAAAAAAAUAACAUUUUAAAAAUAUAUUUAUUUAUUAUGUGCUUACAUGCGAAUAUUAAGCAUUUAAUAUACAUUUUCUUUUAUUAUUGUUAGAAAAAACGUUUUAAUUGCGGUCUAGUGUUAUGUUGAUUAUAAAUAUGCUAAAAAAUUAUAGUAAAAAGUCAACUAUAUAUCUAAUUACAGUAAAUCGGUGCUUUUUAGAAUUUAUUUAUUCUUUAUUUUUCUUUACACAGAAAAAAUAAUGUAUUAACAGCAUUUAAUGGGAAAUAAUCUUGUUAAUUCCAUACAUCAUAUUCUUGAUUUAAUAGAAAGUAUUUCAUUAAUACUGUUAUUAAAUUAUUAUUAAGUUUAUUUUUAAUUAUAAUGCAUUUAACACUGUCAAUACAUUAAUUUUUUUCAUGAAAAUAAUUUUUGAAUUUUUAUAAUUAACAAAUAAUUUAUACAGAUAUAUUCAUAAUUAAUAAUUUAUUAUUAUUUUUUAAUAUGCUACUUGCUAUGUAUACUCAUUUUAAAUAUUUUGUUCUAAUUGUGGAUUUAUUUACGCGUACUUAUUAUUAUGUAAUAUUUUACAUAAGCUUUAACUUAUUAUUAAUGUUCCUACACGUAGAUUUCCAAUGGGCGAUGAAACUAAAUCGUAUCAUCUUAGAUUUUAUUGGACUUUGGCCUAAAGCCGCACAAAACUCUCGACAGAAGUUACUAUGCAAUUUUCGGGUACUCGUCGUUUUUUUGGCCGUAACGUGCGGCGUUUUGAUUCCUUCCAUACAUUCAUUAAUAAGAAUUUAUGGAGACAUCAUGUUAAUGUUAGACAAUUUACAAUUUACUUUACCAGCUAUAAGCUGUUCGAUAAGAAUCGUGAUUUUUUGGUGGAAGAAGGAAGCUAUCAUACCGAUCAUGAAUAUGAUCUCGGAGGAUUGGAUAAAAUCGAAAAACGUGCAGGACAGAAAUAUUAUGAUUAAACGGGCGCAGACUGCACGCAUUAUUAUUACUUGUGCAUAUUGUAUAAUGGGAGUAGGGUGCUUCUUUAUUAUUAUUCUUCCGAGCUUUGGAAUAUCAUUGAGAUUGACGCCCAAUAUUACUGAUCCUGGCAGACCAAUGCCUUUACAAACGCAUUAUAUUUAUGAUGUAACUAAAAGACCGCAAUACGAACUAACGUUUAUUAGUCAAUCUAUUUACAUUCUUCUCGCUAUCAUGUCUUAUACUGGAAUCGAUAAUUUUCUCGGGCUACUAAUUUUCCAUAUAUGUGGCCAAUUAGAGAUUCUUCACAAUCGUUUAACAUUUUUGGAUAAAUAUGCCAAUUCUUAUGGAAUGCUAAAGAGCUGCAUAAUAAAACACAUGCGUUUACUUAGUGCUAUUGACAUUAUUGAAGAUACAUAUAACAUAACACUUCUAGCAUUAUUUGUAUACUUUGCAAUACUUUUUGCUUUCUAUGGUUUUCGAAUAAUUAAUCUAUUUGAUGAAGAAAAUGAUUUAUCUGUCACUCAUUUGGUAUAUUUUUUAUCCAACGUUUUCAAUCUAUUUAUGCAUAUGUGUAUAUAUUGUGUCCUAGGAGAAAUUUUGAUGGCUCGGUGUAGUGACAUAUAUUAUGCUGCAUAUAAUAGCAAAUGGUACUCCAUGGAUCCAAAAAUUGCAAAGGACUUGUUGCCUCUAUUGAUAAGAGGCGCUAAACCGGUUUAUCUUACCGUUGGAAAAGUAUUUCCUAUGACAAUGGCCACAUUUUGCGGUUUAGUAAAAACAUCAGCUGGUUAUAUAUCCGUUUUACAUACAACGAGAAGUAAAUGAAGAAUAUAAAUCUAAAUAUUUUUUAAUGUUACGCAAUUUUUAAUGGAAUACAUUAAUUAAAGAUUGUAUAAGUGUUUAUAUUUUAAAUGCAAAUAAAAUUAUAAAUUUUAUCAUGAGAUUAUUGAAAUAUAAUUUGGAUUUUAUUUGAGGCACAUAUUUAUGAGUUUAUAUAAGAGUUUAUAUGGACUAAAAUCUAAAUCCAUAAAUCCAUAAAAAUCUCUCCUCUUAUAAAAAUUAAAUUGUUUUAAAAUUAAUUAUUUAUGAUUUAAUCUUUCAAUUCACAUUUUUCUAUAAUAAAUUUAUUAUUUGUAAUAUUAAUUUGAAUAUGAAUACUGGUCAUAAUUUUUAAUGAGCAUUCCAAAACUUGUUAAAAAUUGGAAUAUUAGUGAAGUGUCACUAUUAUCAGUAUGUACUGAUAAAUGUAUUGACGUACGUCAAUAUGUACUAUCAGUAUGUAUUUUCAAAUGUUUUAUAUAGAUACAUGCGUUUGCAAGAUGCAUAUUCCUGUAAUUAAUUCUGUAUCAAUUUGCGUGUCCUGGUCUUCCCUAAGUAAUAAUCAUAAGUAACAAAUUAUGCGUGCGUGGGAAGAUAUUACAUGUUACAUUUUGUAUUUUUGUUCACCUGUUUUUCACAUUUUGUCAAUGACUACUUUAGAUAAGAGGUACUGAGAAGUUGUACGAUUAUUAUGAAUGCUCGUAAUACUGCACAUCGAUAUUAUCAUGUAUUUAAAAAUUUUUUGUUAUGUGCAUGUAACAGAUGUUUUUUAUUGAAUAAUAAUUAGGGCUCGGAAGUUUGUGCGAUAUCUUGUGUCGCGUGCUGAACACCAUUGCGUGCGAGUUAUGUGUGUGACAAUUAUCAAUUCUUGCUGGGAUGCGGCUUAUUGAAUGAAUAGUGAAGUAUGUACACCUUUUGCACGCAACAGCGCGCACCUAGCGUGCGACACAGGAUUUUCACACAAAAUUCCGAGUCUUAAUCAUCAAUUAGUCAAAUUAAACAUUUGUGUGCGGAAAAAUUAUUUGGUAUUCUGUAUUCGGUUUUAAUCUUCUCGUAAGUAUUGCAAUUCGAAGUUAUUUU